AUGGCCAGUGCCGAGACUGUGGAUCUGAGCGAGGCGCAUGCUCCCAGACAGGAGUCCCUCCGGGUUUUCGAGGAGCUCCAAAGCGAGCUGAAGCAGGAGUUGAUCAAGCUCCGUCACAACCACGACAAGCACGAGCCCGAGUACUUCGCAGCGGUGCGCGACCUAAGCGACCACGAGCUGGCGGCAGCCCUUGCGGUCGAAAACUUCAAGGAGGUGCGAGUAGCGACGUCGGCGUACGGCAUCCACCUCUUCGGCAAGGUGAGGAUCCCGUCCAUGCCCGCCGACGGCCCGGCCUACAUUCAGUUCCGGCUCUUCUCGACCGGGUCCGACGACCCGGCAAGGUUCCACGCCUUCCACACCGAGGAGAAGGAGGAGGAAGGUGGCGGCAAGACGUUCCGGGCCAUCUUUACGGAUCGGGAUCCGCUGGAGUGGUUUGACAAUUAG